UCCAAUUCCUCCAUCAAAAUAAUCAAACUACUUAACCAAAAAAACAUGAAGCAAUCACCACAGAAGAAAACCUCCAUAUCUAUCGUAUUAGUCCUCUCCAUCCUCCUCCUUUACCUCUCUCUCCUCAACAUCUCCCCUACCAACCUCAUCAAAGACACCGCCUUUUGGUUUCUUCUCUCAAACUCCAUCAUCUUCAUCGUCGCCGUCGACUAUGGCGUCUUCUCCCCUCCAGUUGACACCGAUAUCUACGACGAGUUCAUUCGACACAAUAGAAGCUAUAGUAGACCUCCAUGUCUUGUGAUAGAGAAAUCAGAGAGUAGAGAAAAUGUGAACGAGGAAAAGGACAGUUUGAAUUGUUCAGAGCUGAACGAGGAAAAGGACAGUUUGAAUUGUUCAGAGAAUGAAACAAGAAGUCUGAAGAAUGAGAAGGUGGUGGAGAGUUUUCCGGCAGAGAAACCGGCGGCGUCGGUGAGCUCUUCCGGGGAGGAGGAGAAUGAGUAUUCCAUGUUGAGUGAUGAAGAGUUGAAUAGAAGAGUAGAAGAGUUUAUUAAGAAAUUUAACAGGCAGCUAUCCUCCCAAGGGGUGAGGAAGUGA